ACCAACAGGCCACGACAGAUAUGCAGCUACGUAACAGAUGCUACCCUAAUAUCUGCGGCGCAUCCAUAUAAACAUCGCCAUGUUUCUUAUCCAUCGACUUUACUCUUCUAUGCUGUUAGCCACUGUUCAGCCUUCACUCCAUCUUCUACGUCAACAGAGAUGAGAUUCCUACAGUCUCUUUGUCUCCUUCCUCUAGCCACGGCCUUCGGGUCAUCAUGGUACCACAAUGCCUUCUCCUGGCAAAAGCCACUCCUGGGCUCAACAGUCAACGGUGUACAUUUUCCAUCGCUAUUGGAUGCCGAUCUCGAGGAUCUCGCUGCCGGGCUUGAGAAAGGCUUGUUCACCAGCGUUGAUCUCGUCAAUGCCUAUACUCGACGUAUUCUGGAGGUCAACUCAACCCUCAAGGCGGUCACCCAGCUCAACCCUGAUGCCCUCACAAUAGCGUCGGAGCUGGACAUUGCUCGAACAAAUGGCACAAUUAGAGGCCCGUUGCAUGGCAUCCCGAUCCUGCUCAAAGACAACAUUGCCACGGCAGACAAGAUGGACAAUACAGCCGGCUCAUAUGCUUUGGUCGGAGCCAAAGUGCCCGAGGACAGCACGGUGGCCGCCAAGUUGAGGAAAGCCGGUGCCAUUAUCCUAGGGAAAACAAACCUGUCUGAAUGGGCCAACUUUCGCAGCAAAAAUUACACUUCGGGCUGGUCCACCACCGGAGGCCAGACUGAGGGAGCAUACUAUCCCCAGCAGGACCCGUCCGGGUCUUCGUCCGGCAGCGGCGUAGCCAGCGCUCUCGGUCUAGCCCUAGCUUCUCUCGGAACCGAGACACACGGAUCCAUUCUCGCGCCAUCGGACGCCAACAACCUCGUAGGCAUCAAGCCCUCCGUCGGCCUAACCUCUCGCUACCUCGUCGUCCCCAUCUCCGAGCACCAAGACACCGUCGGCCCCAUGGCCCGAACCGUCAAAGACGCAGCUUACGUCCUCUCCGCCAUCGUCGGCUCCGACCCCAACGACAACUACACCUCCGCCAUCCCCUUCUCCUCAGACAAAACCCCCGACUACGUCGGCGCCUGCGACUACUUCGCCCUGCGCGGCGCUCGCAUCGGCGUUCCGCGCAACUUGAUCGAAAUCGACGGCGACGACGACCCCUCCACCAGCCCCUACGCCCCCCUCCUCCCGGCCUUCGAAACCGCCCUCUCCAUCCUCCGCUCCGCAGGCGCCACCAUCAUCGACGACCUCUUCCUGCCCGGCUUUGACACCAUCAAAAAGGAAAACUUCGAGUUCACCGUCGUGGACACCGACUUCCCCCGCAACCUGGCGACUUACUUUGCCCAGCUGAUCGUCAACCCGCACAACCUCACCUCCUUGAAAGAUCUCGAGCGCUUCACCCAUUCUUUCCCUGAAGAAGACUGGCCGGAACAUGACACGCUCACUUGGGACCGCUCGUUUAAUGUCUCUGCUACUACCACUCCCGCUCAAGCGUGGGGAAACUAUACCGCUUUGCAGCACUACGCCGGCGAGCUCGGUCUCUUUGGGGCUUUGAAGAACCAUAGUCUUGAUGCGAUGGUGUUACCUACCAUGUUUGCCAUGGGCCUGCCGGCGGAGCUGGGGAGUCCCGUGAUCUCGGUGCCUAUGGGGAAGUACCCCGAAGAUGCGAAGAAGUUGAAGAACGGGUAUGGAAACCAGUGGCUGGUGGCGCCGGGGGUACCGUUUGGAUUGGCGUUCAUGGGCGAGAGGUUCAGCGAGGAGAAGUUAAUUGGGUUGGCGUAUGCGUUUGAGCAGAGGACGAAGGUUAGGGGACAGGUCAGGCCGUAUUUGGUGCCGAGGACGGAGGUGGGGGAUGUUGUUGUCGGGGUUGGGAUGGACGUGGGGAAGGGGGAUUUAUAGGCAGGUGGUUAAGUACACAUUAUUGUCUUUGCAUACGAGAGUGGUUUCGAGCGUAGUAAAUAGGAAGAGUCAUAGUGUAUGGACAUAAAUUACUC